AUGACCAAUCAACCACAUUCAGCUACGCGCUUGGACUCUAGCGAUGCGCUACGCUACAUCUGGCUAUUUUGGCGCAUUACGGGUAUUCACCCGACCGAAAAGUAUCGCUGUAUGUACUGGCUUUACUCCCUGCUGCUGAACUUCACCACUACGGUGCUGAUUAUAUCAUUUUACGUCGUCACGUUCUUCAUAAGCAGCGAUCUGAUCGAAAUUCUAACGAACCUUAGCGUGAUGGUGCCACUGAUCUACAGUUCAACCAAGCACUUCGUCGUCGCCUAUCACAUACGAGGCGAAUUGCCGAAAGCGGCGCUGCAUUUAGAAGCGCUGGACCGACGUGUGGAGCUUGAGCCGACGGCAUGCGCGAACUUGAAACGCUUAGUGCAACGCUGCCGGAAAAUAUACCUUGUGGCUUUGGCAGGCAUUGCCGUCUGCUUGGCGCUUUACGCUGUGGUCGGUAUUUCGCGACACAAAUUACCCUUUGAGGGUUGGCUACCGUUCGAUUGGGAGCACUCGCUUAGCGCUUACAUAUUGGCGUGCGCCUUUCAGCUGUUCUGUCUGAGCGUACAGUGUAUCUGUGCGCUGUGCAACGACAUCUAUCCGAUUGUGUAUUUGUUGCUGUUGGUGGCUCAUUUGCGCAUCUUGAACGCACGCAUCGCUCGGAUCGGUGGCGUGUGCAUGGAGCAACGCAACGAAGUGGCGAUUUAUCAACAGCUUACGGCCUGUGUGCGUGAUCACUGGGAGUGCCUAAAGUGCAUCAGUCCAGCAAUAGCUGCGACAAUCUUCAUUCAAUUCAUCAGCACCGCGCUUGCGCUCUGCACCGCCGCUGUGGCUUUCGUGAAUGCCGAUUCUAUUGGCGAGCAGUUGAUAAAAUUUCUGCCUUACAUCUUGGUGGUGCUCUGUGAAAGCGCGCCAUGCUGUUGGCUUAUGGACGAAGCUGCCCUUGAAAUGUUCAAGUUGACAAAUGCGCUCUUCUCUUGCUGUUGGUAUGAACAGAACUUACCGUUUCGCCGCUCGUUGAUUAUUUUCAUGGAACGCUCACAGAAGAUCGAGCAAAUAUUGGCUGGUAAUAUCGCUCCGAUUUCGCUGCUUACUUUUAUUAAGAUUAUACAAUUUGCUUUCUCCUUGUUCACACUUCUCAAUCAAUUCAAGAAAUAA